GGCGGGCUGCGGACGGUAGCGGCCGCAGUGACGGGCGAGGAUCCGCAAUCCGCGCCGCCGGAUGCCAGACGGAUUUUAAAGAAGGGGUCCACUACCAAGAAGAGAUGGAGGGAAGUCAACACACUGCUCUUGUUAAAAUCAGUGAAGACAAAUGCAUUUCAAAGUCUGAACUGUUAAUGCUUCUAAAGACCUACAACUGCUACCAAGAAGGGAAGAGUUUCCAGUUAAGGCAUAGAGAGGAUGAUGCGGAGCUGAUCAUUGAGGGGCUUCUGAACAUAUCCUGGGGCCUCAGGAGACCGAUAAGGCUCCAGAUGCACGAUGAUAAUGAGCGUGUCCAUUUCUCAGGGUCCAAGUUGCUACGUCCGGAGCAGGAGACCAGCCCACACAAAAAAGGAACAGUGUCACGGAUCUUGACAAAUACCAGUUUAUCUGAAGCUGAACAGGAGAUGACCAGUAGGGAUGAUUUUCCACAAAACAUGGCCAGCGACACCAUUGCAGGGUCCAAUAGCACCACUUCUGAGGAUGAAGUCCCACAGCUCAUGCGGACAAAGAGUGACGCGAGUUGUUUGAUCCAGCGUAGAACAAAAUAUCACACACCAGGGGAGAACCAGCGUAUAAAACGGCACCGGUUCUCCAUCAAUGGGCACUUCUACAAUCACAAGACAUCUGUGUUUACCCCCGCCUAUGGGUCGGUGACCAAUGUGCGAGUGAAUAGCAGCAUGAACACCUCACAAGUACUGACUCUGCUGCUGAACAAAUUUAGGGUGGAAAAUGUUCCGGAUGAAUUUGCACUUUAUGUUGUCCAUGAAAGUGGAGAAAGAACAAAAUUAAAAGAUUCAGAAUACCCCCUUAUCGCACGGAUUCUGCACGGUCCCUGUGAGAAAAUAGCCCGCAUCUUCUUGAUGGAGAAAGAUCUCGGUGAAGAGGUCACAUAUGACGUUGCGCAGUAUAUUAAGUUUGAAAUGCCAGUCCUUGAUAGCUUUGUUGAGAAACUGAAGGAAGAGGAAGAGAGGGAAAUUAACAAACUAACAGUGAAGUACAGUGCUUUGAGAUCAAUGAUACAUCAGCAACUGGAAGAUCUAACAGAGACAGAAGACUAUAUCUGAGCAACACUGAAACAUCAGGAACCAGUUUGGAUGCGUUCUUCUCAACAACAAACCAUUGGAUAAAUGAUGAUUCAUAUGUUUAAUGAUUCGUUGUUUAAAAUCACUGUGCCCUUUUAGUAUAACUUCUGUCAAAAUGGGACUUUUUUGUCUAUCACAAUGAGAACUUUUUCUAGUAAAUGUUCUUUGAAUUAGCAUUUAAUAAUGCAUAACGCUUCUUCAGAAAAACACUUUUAUACUUUAAACAUUGCCUAAUUUAACAGAAUUAUUUUUAAAUGUGUUAAAUUAAUGUUACUUGACCAAAGUAAGGUUUUAAGUGUGGACAUAUAAUGCAAGAGGAAUGUUUUGUAGGAGCACAAUUGGUUAAUAUAAGGCACUGUAUUGUCAGUCUUUUGUAAUCUGGAUCAGUAAGUCUGUACAUCUGAAUGCCUCACAUUUAUUGGGUAAAGAUAAUACGACUUUGUCAUCAAGUAACAGUAACAAUUAACUAACAUACGAUAAAUGUUAUUUUUCUGUUACCCAUACUUCUCCAGUUAUGCCUAAUUCAGAUAUUUAAAUAACUACCUUGUUUUAAUUGAUUAGAAAAUAGCAAUUGGUCACACAUAAGUUUACCAAACUAAUUUUCACCAGAAAUCUCCUACAUUUAGUGCAGGUUCCUCCAAGCACGUUACAACAUAUUCAUACUCCUUAGUUUUUGGUGGUUUUCCAAAUGACUUGGCAGCACACUGGUUAGAAAUCUCCUUGUAGAAAUUUCAAACAAAAACUCAGUCGUCAUUUGUCACCUCUUGAACAGACAGUAACACAUCAUCAGUGGGAUGCUGGUAACUGGAGACACAAGAGACUGCAGAUGCUGGAAUCUGGAGCUAAAAAACAAACUGCUGGAGGAACUCAGUGGGUCAGGCAGCACCUGUGGAGAGAGAUGGACAGUGGACAUUUCGGGUUGAUACCCUUCAUCUGGAUGCUGGGAAUUGCAGGAUAUUAUGAUCAGGUGGUCGAAGCAACACUGGAUCAAAUGCUGUGGUUUAAUUUAUUACAACAAUAAAUCACAUUUACUUUGGUUGC